CGAAGCUGACGACUGAUCCGUUGAUCGACGAGCAAGGAUCAUGAAGUUAGCCCUUUGACGGAAUUCUGUAAGAACUGCGAGAGCUUCAGAGCGGUCUGAGUGUUCGUAGAAGGUUUCAAAACGUCACUGGCUCCGAUAAUUUGAAAAGAAAUAUAAUAAACGUUGUAAAUAUAAAUACGUUACUUGAUAUUGAUGAUGAAAGUAUCAUCACUAAUGGCAUCGUCACUCGAGCUAUUUGUAAAUAAUGUCCGUACGCUCUCAACGCAAGGCAACUUCAGAGAGCUCUGUGACAUUAUCAAUAAAUCUACGACCACGCUCGCAAGAAACGGGCCACAUUUAGAUAAUGUCUUAGAAACACUUGACCUACAGCAACACUCACUGGGAAUCCUAGCCGUCCUCUGCGUAAAACUUUCCCUGCCAAAUGCCAACGGAGCAAACAACCCAGAUGCCUACAAGCCGCUGUUGAAUCAGGUCCAAGACUUCAUCGUAGGAUGCAACGGGGAGCAAGUCAGAUUCGCCCCGGAUACAUACACAGAAUUAUGCCACCUUUUAAGCCAACUUUUGAUAGACCUGCAAAUGCCUCUGCGAGGUGUCGACCUCUUGCGCAGAGCAAUACGAAAAAUACAACUGUUCGACAGCCAGCUGACAUCUAUACACGCAGAUUUGUGCCAGCUGUGUUUACUCUCAAAGUGUUUCAAGCCUGCGCUAGAGUUUUUGGAUACUGAUAUAACCGGUAUAAGUCAAGAGGGUGGACAAUUCGACACGAAAUACUUUUUGCUAUACUAUUAUUACGGUGGAAUGAUAUACACGGCGUUGAAAAACUACAAUCGAGCCUUGUACUUUUUCGAGGUCUGCAUAACGACCCCUGCGAUGUCGGUGAGCCACAUAAUGUUGGAGGCGUACAAAAAGUACAUGCUGGUGUCGUUGAUUCUUCAUGGUAAAAUAGUGACCAUACCAAAGUAUGCGAGUCAGAUCGUUAACAGGUUUAUCAAGCCACUGAGUCAGGGGUAUCACGAUAUCGCGACGGCCUACUUGACCAAUAGCUGCGCACAAGUUAACACUGUGAUGACCAAGCACCAAGAGCUGUUUGUCAGAGAUCACAACUGGGGAUUGGUGAAACAAGUCCUACGCUACUUGUACAAAAAGAACAUACAGAGACUCACCAAAACUUUCCUCACCCUGAGUCUUACGGACGUUGCUAGCAGGGCACAACUUCCCGGGCCCACUGAGGCUGAGCAAUAUAUUCUAAACAUGAUUGAAGACGGCGAGAUAUUUGCAACGAUCAAUCAGAAAGAUGGAAUGGUCGUGUUUCACGACGAUCCCGAGAAGUAUAACUCACCCGAAAUGCUCGCCAGGCUUGAAAAAGAAAUGGAAGCUUGCACGGAGCUCGAUAAACGGGUUCUAGAGAUGGAGGAAGAAGUGCUUUUGGCACCUCAAUAUGUGCGUAAAGUGUGCUGUCAUGUAGAUCAAGAUGAGCCAUUGACAGGUCCCGUACAUACCAAUGUAACCAAUACCCAAGGACAGUCUAAACAUAGCACUUACUCCAUGUAACAUACCAUGAUCGUGCGUUAUCUUUAUUAAAAAACAAAAACAAAAAAAAAAAAAAAAAAAAAAAAAACAAAAAAUGGAAAAAAAGAAGGGAAAAAUCAUUUUCAAAAAGCCACAUCGAGAAAAGGAAAGAAAAUGUUAAAGCUCAUUUCAGUUAACCAUAAUUAAACAAAUUUGUAAAGCAAAUUUUUUUGUUUACUAUUAUUCGCACUUUUUACAAACCUCAUCGCUGAUAAUACAACUGCCUAAUUGAUAUAUAGUGUACUAAAAAUUGUCACAACAAUUACCAAUUAUUUGUCUUUAGAAACUACGGUGUGUUAAAUGUCAAAAUAAGUCUUGUAAUCUACGGAUGAAUUCUAAGUAUGGAAUGUUAUUUCUAACCUUUGUUUCUAUUGCAACUAAAAACUGUUUUUGCAAAUAAAACUAGAUUCUAAGUUCGAAACUAAAAUUGCAUUGGCUUUUCUGAAAUAAGCUUUAUUUAAAGUUGCCAACGAAUUCUAUUAUACGUCAGCUUUCGUUAACAAUCGAUAACUACCUAUUUCACCAUUUCUGGUAUUUAUUCGGAAUUUGAAUUUUUUUAUUAAUAAAUGCGUACCAAGGCACAAUACUAAUAUAUUUAAUAGAUAUUCUGAAUAUUUAUAGCAGGUAUUUAUCUAGUCAACGUUAAUUUGUGAAUUCACUGACUCGAAAUAAUAUUUAAUAAGCAUAGUGCAGUAAAUUCGCUAUUCUGUAUUCACUGUGAAGUCAAUGUUAUUUUCCAAAAGCGUCAACAGGAAACGGAAGAAUUACAAGUUACAAAAUACUGAUUCAGUCAUUGCCCAAGUUAACGAAUGUUGAUUGUGACUUGUAAUAUUCGAGAUAAAAAUGGAAAGUAUUAAUUUUGACUCACAAAUUUUCUUGUAGAAUUAUGUAAUCUAAGCAUCCGUUAGUUGCAUCUUUUCGAUGAGAAAAGUCUCAAAAAAGUUGUUGCUGAUUACUUUGCUGCAGGAGUUUAGGUCGUUGCAAGGAUAUUUGGAUCGGUGAUUAACAAUCACUGCACGAGGAACACGGUCAGAAGGACAAGUCCUUAAGGAAAACUGUAAAAUGACAUAUAUUAUUGAAUGCACAUUCGAUAAUGUAUUUAUUCAAUUGCGCUCUAAGGAAAACUUGUAGGUUUUCUUUUUAUUUAUAUUAUAACAAUACAAAUCAUCAUUUAUCCACCUAUAAUUUCAUGAGGAACUCUACAAGCUCUGUGUACAUUCGCUACAUUCUUUACACAUUAGGCACUUAAUUGCACUGUAAACCUCAUCGAAUAUAUCUUUUUUUGAUCUUGAUCCAUCGAUAAAUUUAACUUCGCUCAAACUACUGUCAUUUAUUAUUUCUGACUUAUGUUUCAAGUAUUCUGGCCAUACAAUUUUUUCAUAAUAACCCGGAACGUCUGGUGGAAGGUACGUGCGAAGUUCUCGCCUCUUCCAGCACUCAUCCUUGUCAAGGGUAAUAAAAUACUUUAAAUUGGUCAAAUCUGAUAUUG